GCCCCCCGGCCGCGACUCUUUCUGCGAGCGGGCGCGCGGGUGAGCAGUUGUGUUCGUGGCGCGAUACGCGGGUCUCCGUGGGCGCUGAGGAGAAAGCGCGGGCGUCGGCGGCGGGAGGCGAGUAGGCAGCAGGCGGCCGGGCCUCAGCAGCGUCCCGCGCGCAGCGGGCGGCGGCCCAGGCGGCUCUUGGCGGCGUUCGGCCUCGCGGCAGCGGCGGCCCAACCGUUGGCGGUGAGCGCUUGUGCGCCUGCGCGGUGGGUCCCGCAUCCCUCCUCUCCCCUGGGCGCCCCCGGCGGCGUGUGAAUGGCGGCCUCGGCGGCGGCGGCCUCGGCGGCGGCGGCGGCGGCCGCCUCGGGCAGCCCGGGCCCGGGCGAGGGCUCGGCGGGCAGCGAAAAGCGCGCUGCCGCCUCUUCUGCCGCGGCCUCGGCUUCGGCCACUGCUUCGGCGUCGUCGCCCGCUGGGGGUGGCGGCGAGGCGUUGGAGUUGCUGGAGCACUGCGGCGUGUGCCGGGAGCGUCUGCGGCCCGAGAGAGAGCCGCGCUUGCUGCCUUGCCUGCACUCGGCCUGCAGCGCUUGCCUCGGGCCCGCGGCGCCCGCCUCCGCCAACAGCUCGGGGGAUGGCGGUACUGCGGGUGACGGUGCCGUGGUGGACUGUCCUGUGUGCAAGCAGCAGUGCUUCUCCAAAGACAUUGUGGAGAAUUACUUCAUGCGUGACAGUGGCAGUAAGGCUGCCACCGACUCCCAGGAUGCAAAUCAGUGCUGCACUAGCUGUGAGGAUAAUGCCCCAGCCACCAGCUACUGUGUGGAGUGUUCUGAGCCGCUGUGUGAGACUUGUGUGGAGGCACACCAGCGAGUGAAGUACACCAAGGACCACACUGUGCGCUCCACUGGGCCUGCCAAGUCAAGGGAUGGUGAGCGAACAGUGUACUGCAACGUGCACAAGCACGAGCCCCUCGUGCUGUUCUGUGAGAGCUGUGACACCCUCACUUGCCGGGACUGCCAGCUCAAUGCCCACAAGGACCACCAAUACCAGUUCCUGGAGGAUGCAGUGAGGAACCAGCGCAAGCUGUUGGCUUCACUGGUGAAACGCCUUGGGGAUAAACAUGCAACUUUGCAGAAGAACACCAAGGAGGUUCGCAGCUCGAUCCGUCAAGUAUCUGAUGUACAGAAGCGUGUGCAGGUGGAUGUUAAGAUGGCCAUCUUGCAGAUCAUGAAGGAACUGAACAAGCGGGGCCGUGUGCUGGUCAACGAUGCCCAGAAGGUGACUGAGGGGCAGCAGGAGCGCCUGGAGCGACAGCACUGGACCAUGACUAAGAUCCAGAAGCACCAGGAACACAUCCUGCGCUUUGCCUCAUGGGCCCUGGAGAGUGACAAUAACACAGCUUUGCUGCUCUCCAAGAAGCUGAUCUAUUUCCAGCUGCACCGGGCCCUUAAGAUGAUAGUGGACCCUGUGGAGCCACAUGGUGAGAUGAAGUUCCAGUGGGAUCUCAAUGCUUGGACCAAGAGUGCAGAGGCCUUUGGUGGCCUUGAGCGCUUGGAUCUGGACCUUACAGCAGACAGCCAACCACCAGUUUUCAAGGUCUUCCCAGGCAGCACCACCGAGGAUUACAACCUCAUCGUCAUUGAGCGUGGUGCGGCAGCUGCUGCUGCUGGGCAGCCUGGGACUGCACCCCCCGUGGCCCCUGGUGCCCCGCCCCUUCCCGGCAUGGCCAUCGUCAAGGAGGAAGAGACAGAGGCUGCCAUUGGAGCCCCACCUGCUGCCGCAGAGGGUCCUGAGACUAAGCCUGUGCUGAUGGCCCUGGCAGAGGGCCCCAGUGCUGAGGGCCCCCGCAUGGCCUCACCCAGCGGCAGCACCAGCUCAGGCCUAGAAGUGGUGGCUCCAGAGGGUACCUCAGCCCCAGCUGGUGGCCCAGGUGCCCUGGAUGACAGUGCCACCAUCUGCCGUGUCUGCCAGAAGCCAGGCGACCUGGUCAUGUGCAACCAGUGCGAGUUCUGCUUCCACCUGGACUGCCACCUGCCUGCCCUGCAGGAUGUGCCAGGGGAGGAGUGGAGUUGUUCGCUCUGCCAUGUGCUACCUGACUUGAAGGAGGAAGAUGGCAGCCUGAGCCUGGAUGGUGGCAACAGCACUGGUGUGGUGGCUAAACUCUCACCAGCUAACCAACAGAAGUGUGAGCGUGUCUUGCUGGCCCUGUUUUGUCACGAGCCCUGCCGGCCCCUGCACCAGCUAGCUACUGACUCCACCUUCUCCUUGGAUCAGCCUGGUGGCACCCUGGACCUGACCCUGAUCCGUGCCCGCCUCCAGGAGAAGUUGUCACCUCCUUACAGCUCCCCCCAGGAGUUUGCCCAGGAUGUGGGACGCAUGUUCAAGCAGUUCAACAAGCUGACAGAGGACAAGGCAGAUGUACAGUCCAUCAUCGGCCUGCAGCGCUUCUUUGAGACUCGCAUGAAUGAAGCCUUUGGUGAUACCAAGUUCUCUGCUGUGCUGGUGGAACCCCCACCGCUGAGCUUGCCUGGUGCAGGCCCAAGUGCCCAGGAGCUGUCCAGUGGCUCUGGUGAUGGCCCCUGAGGCUGGGCCCCACCCUGGGCCAACCCACCUUGGCUCUGUCCUGUCACCCUCCCCUGCCUUCUCCCUCUGGUGGCUUGGCUCCCACUCCUUGGUGGCCCCAUCCCCCAUCCCCUCACAAUAUGGUUUUUACUUCUGUGGAUUUAAUAAAAACUUCAUCAGUUCUUCA